UUCUUUCUACAGAAAUGCCAUCUGGAAUUGAAAAUGCUUUUCUGGUAGCAACAAUAGGAGGAUUCCUGAUUGGAAUGUUGGGGAAUGGGUUCAUUAUAGUAGUCAACUGCAUCGACCUGGUGAAGAGACAAAAGCUCUCAUCAGCUGACUGCAUCCUCACAGGCCUGGCUAUCUCCAGAAUCAGUCAACUUUGGGUAAUACUAUGUGACUCAUUUUUAUUGGUCCUAUGGCCACACCUAUAUGCCAUUGAUAAACUAACAAAAGUUGUUAAUAUUUUUUGGAUACUGUCCAAUCACCUAGCUACUUGGUUUGCCACCUGUCUAAGUGUUUUCUACUUCUUUAAAGUAGCCAACUUCUCCCACCCCUGCUUCACUUGGCUACGGUGGCGAAUUCGUAGUGUGGUACUGGUGCUUCUCUUGGGGUCUUUGUCCUUACUGUUUGUGAACUCUGAAUCAACAUAUACGUUUAAUCAUAUCUCAACUAACAGCUACAAAAUACAUACAAGAAACUCAACGUGGUCCUCAGAUGUAAGUGAAACUCAUUAUCUUCACCAUUUGAUUGCUUUUAACUUCAUCAACUUAAUCCCCUUUCUUCUGUCCCUGACUUCACUGCUCCUCUUAUCUCUCUCCUUGAUGAGACACAUCAGGAAUUUGCAGCUCAACCCCAGCUCAAAGGAUCUCAGCACAGAGGCCCAUAAAAGAGCCAUGAAAAUGGUGAUGUCUUUCCUCUUCUUCUUCAUCAUUCAUGUUUCUUCCAUCUUAUUAACAGGUUGGGUUUUCCUUAAACUGCGGGGAUGUCUGGCCAAAUUGGUGGUUGUGUUAACUUCGACUGUUUUUCCAUCAAGCCACUCCUUCAUCCUAAUUUUGGGAAAUAGCAAACUGAGACAAAAUGUGGUAGGACUGCUGUGGUAUCUUAACUGCCACCCGAAAAGAGUGAAAUCUUUAGCUUCAUAGAUUUAUCCAGAAUUUUCUAUAUUCCAAGAGCAUUGAAUUAAUCAA